AUGGAAAAAACCAAUGGCAGCUCAGAGUAUGGUUUCAUCUUAGUGGGCUUCUCUGACCGGCCGAGGCUGGAGCUAGUACUCUUCCUGGUGAAUUUUACUCUGUAUUCAGUGGCUGUGUUGGGAAACUCAACCAUAAUCCUUGUGUGUAUUUUGGACCCUCGACUUCAUACCCCAAUGUACUUCUUUCUGGCCAAUCUCUCCUUUCUAGAUCUCUGCUUCAGCACGAGCUGUAUCCCACAGAUGCUGGUGAACCUCUGGGGCCCUGACAAGACCAUCAGCUAUGCUGGCUGUGCGAUCCAACUCUUCUCCUUCCUCUGCGUGGGGAGCGUCGAGUGCAUCCUCCUGGCCGUGAUGGCCUAUGACCGCUAUGCUGCGGUCUGCAAGCCCCUGCACUAUCUGGUCAUUAUGUGCCCCCAGCUGUGUUUACGACUGGUGGCUGUGGCCUGGGGGAGUGGCCUGGUCAAUGCCAUUGUCAUGUCCCCACUCACAAUGACUCUGUCCAGAUGUGGCCGGCGCCGAGUCAACCACUUCCUCUGUGAAAUGCCAGCACUGAUCAAGAUGGCCUGUGUGGACGCCAGUGCAGUGGAAAUGCUGGCCUUCAGCUUUGCCAUCCUCAUUGUCCUCCUGCCCCUCGCUCUCAUCCUCGUGUCCUAUGGCUACAUCGCAGCAUCGGUUUUGAAGAUCAAGUCGGCUGCUGGGCGCCUCAAGGCAUUCAACACCUGCAGCUCCCACCUGACCGUGGUCUCUCUGUUCUAUGGAAGCAUCAUCUACAUGUACAUGCAGCCAGGGAACAGCGCUUCCCAAGACCAGGGCAAGUUCCUCACCCUCUUCUAUAACCUGGUCACUCCCAUGCUGAACCCACUCAUAUACACCUUACGGAAUAAGGAGGUGAAGGGGGCACUGAAAAAGGUGUUGGGGAGGCAACCCUCAUCAGGGUGUCUAUGUGCUGAGGGGUCCUGGCAUCUCAUCCGUGGUGGGCUGGACCCAACACGAAUGGCUCUGGGUUUCCGUCCACACCGCCCGCGCUGGGUGAGGGCAAGCAGGGGCUUUGGCAAGACCAAGGAGGGCGUGAAUGCUGGGAAGCCUGGGAGCACGACGGGUCCUUCUGCAGCUCGGGGAGCGGCCCCUACCCCCUCCCCCAUCUGCUCGUCCUGCACCUUCGUGCUCCUGCUGCAGUUCUAUGGGCCCCACAUUUCCCUCACUCCUCUACAAGUCUAG